AUCAUGGCUCCGGGAGGUAAAUCCGCUGGAAAAGUGAUGAAAAAAUUGUCCGACAAGGCCCAUAAGAACAUCGCCAAAUUUGACAAGAAGUGCAAGCCAAAGAGGAAAGAAUCAUAUUCCAUCUACAUUUACAAAGUAUUAAAACAAGUACACCCCAAUAUCGGCAUCUCAUCUAAAGCCAUGAGUAUCAUGAACAGUUUGAUCAACGAUCUUUUCGAGUGCAUUACCGCCGAAUCCAGUCGUCUGGCUCACUACAACGAACGUUUGACAAUCACCAGUCGGGAAAUUCAAACUGCCGUCCGAUUAUUGUUGCCCGGUGAAUUGGCCAAGCACGCAGUCAGUGAGGGUACCAAAGCUGUCACUAAAUACACCAGCUCAAAAUAG